AUGGACACCGAAGAUUCGGUGCAAGUCGACUUGGGCAUAGGGACAUCUACUUCCAACCCCACACUACAUGCCAGCAUCCGCUUCCGACCAAUCACAAUCCGAUUCACUGAACCUGGAGUACCUGACCUUCGCCUCCCUUUACACUCUAUCACUUCUUUACGCCCUCUCCAUCCUCCUCCCACCUCAACCUCUGCAGCCGACGAAAACUUAAUUUUCGAUGUAGAAGAAGCACCGUUGUCCUCGACACAACCUUCAAAAUCCUCGAUCACUGAAUUGAUAGCAGAGUUGAACGAAAGAGGGUUGAUGGGAGAUGAAUUCGUCCGAACGCUCAAAGAGAAGAUGGCUAAAAGUCGGGAGAGUGUGAGGGAUCGGAGGCUGAGGUUGAUUCAUGCGGGGAGGAUAUUGAGGGACGGGGUGAAGCUGGUGGGCUAUUUGGAUGAAUUGGAGUUGCAGCAGAAGAUUCAGAGGAGGGGGAUGUUACGGCAUUUGGCUCUUGAUAAGGCUUCCGCGCGCACCGACUCAGACAUCGGAGAGAAUGGGAGGAGGGAUAGCGAAGAUAAAGAUGAGGAGAGUGAAGGAAGUGCUGCAGGACCAGGAGAGGAAGGUGAAGAGAAGGAAGGGGAGAAAGAUGCGGUGGAGAAGAAAGAAAUGCCCGUUCGAGACUUGAUCGAUUGGCUUUCGAGUCAAGCUAACCCAGAUGAAACAGAUGGCAAUGACGCUGGUCUACCGCAAGAGAUAGGGGGAAAGAGAAAGGCAAAGGGUAAAAGCCGCGAACCAUCAUACUACGACGAUCUGGUCCGACUCACAAUCCGUACUGCACCCGCCGUAUACCUCCAAUGUUCAGUUGGUGAAGUCGAGUCCCAGCCGCAGCCAUCUCCGUCCUCUCCCGCUGCACCCGCCUCCGUUCCCCUCAUCGACGGAUUCGGCCCAGACCCAUCCCUCGAAGAUCCUCUUAAUCCCGACAGUCUCUCUACAGACCGAAAUCGUGGCUUCAACCGACUCCUAGACGCCGGCCUGUCCCCAACUGAAAUCUCCACCAUCCGGUCCCAAUUCCGCUCAACCCAUCCCCUCCCACAAUCAUACGACCUGAUCCAAUCCCGCGAGCAUUCCCAACACCUGCUCGAAAUGGAAGAAAGCUGGAUGGACAAUUUCACUUCCACCACCACCGCUAACCCCACACUUCCCGAAUUCGGAGAGGAAGGAGGUGGAGGAGGAGCAUAUAUGACAGUUUUUCAGGGACUUCUCGUGGGGUUCUUUGUGCCGCCGCUGGUGCCAUUGUUUUGGUUCCGGGACAAAGCGCAUCCGAGCUCGAUACCAAAUAGUUUGGGGGAAGGGGAUGAGGGAGAGGGAGCGGAUGAUGAGGAAGAAUGGGAGAGGGAGAGGGGCUUGAUGAUGAGAGAAGCUGUUUUUGGCGGGACUAUGCAGGUUGCGGUUCUGUUUGGGGUUGUUGCUAAGUAA